AUGGAGGGCCAUCUGGUGGUGUUGCUCCUCGCACUUUGCUGCUGCAGCUAUGCUCAGCGGCUACAUUAUGUGGCACCACAUACAGGAAGCACAGAGGGAGCAACGCGUCUCACCCUAACAGGAGAAGGUUUUGCUCAAGAAGGACAGUUCCAGCUCAAUCCCAAUGAUGACACGUUUGGGAAUCGCGUGACACUGGUUUCAGAUACUUUGUCCGUCCCUUGUGAUGUUGAGAGAGACUCCACGCAUGGCAACCAGAUUAUGUGCUAUACCAGAGCUAUGCCGAGUGACCAGUACGUGGUUCGUGUCAGCAUCAACGGCGUUCCCAUUCCUGAUGCAAAUAUAUGUAGAGGUCAUAGAAAAUCAUACCACUGUAGUUUCUACACAAGAUGGUACGUAACACCCAAUAUCCAGUCCCUUGAUCCUGUCAGCGGGCCCCCAGGGACCAUCGUGACGAUCCGGGGACGCAUCUUCACCGAUGUUUACGGCAGCGACACCGCGUUAAGCUCAAAUGGACGGAACGUCAGAUUUCUGAGAGCCUACAUGAAGGGGAUGCCUUGCGAACUGCUUAAACCCGACUCUGAUGAACGAUACAACUUGAGACUGGAUUCAGAGAAUGCUGUCUGGGGAUACAUGAGCUGCAAAAUGACGGGGACUUAUGUCGGACAUCACAACAUGAGUUACAUUUUGGAUGCAAGUUAUGGCCGGAGUUUAGCCGCAAAGGAGCUCUACAGGGUUUCAGCCAGCCAAGAGCUCAGCAUGUUUCAGACAUUUGCAGAGGUCACGGGCAUCACCCCUUCUGACGGCAGCGUCAUGGGUGGCACCCUCCUGACAAUCCACGGGCGCUUCUUUGACGAGACCGAUCAACCGGCGUGCGUCCUCGUGGGAGGUCUACCAUGUAAAAUCAAGAGUCUACGCGAUGAUGAAAUCACAUGCAUGACGCAGAAACAACAGAUGGACGGCAAGAACAUGACUGCCUACCCGGGUGGCCGAGGCUUGAAGAUGCAGGUGUGGAACAAUACGAAACCCCCACAACUACCUGACAUUCGUGGCUACAAUGAAAGCAAGGAAGGCUACUGGGAGCAGUGGAUUGACUCUAUGCCUCAUACCUUCCCACUUGAACUGAACGUCUUCACCUCGAGAACCACAGGCUUCUUUGUGGCGCCCGAAAAUGACAAUUACACGAUCUACCACAACUGUGACGAUCGCUGUGAAUUGUACUUCAGCAACUCCAGUCGCCCAGAGGACAAGGUCAAAGUGGCCUACCAGCCAUACUACGUCUCAGACUACAAAAAGCUUCCAUCACAAAAGUCUGAAGUCAUGACGUUAGAGAAAGGGAACGCCUACUACAUUGAAUUUCUGCAUCAGGAAUAUUAUGGAGAUGCUGGAAUCAACUUGGCCAUGUUCCGAACGGGUAGUCCGUUUACAGAGCAACAGACACCCGAUGCUGUCAAUGAGGUCCAACAUGUUUUGGUGGAUUACGAAGUGUUCGAUGAGGAACAGGUGCUUACCUUGGACUCAUGGCCCACCAGUGCCAAUGCAGUCAAAGAAGUGCAGAGAGUGAGCAUCAAUAUCAGUUGCCUUUUGUGUGGAAGUGUCUAUUUCAAACUGCGCUAUGGAGAUGCAAUAACUGAGUUGAUGUCAGUGAGCGCCACCGCUACUGUGGUGGAGAGAGCCUUAAACGGCCUUGGGUCCAUUCAACCAGACACGGUCCAAGUUAUUAGGGAUGAGGAUGCUGAUGUCGUUAAUUUCACAGUCACGUUCAAUUCUGACAGAGGUGACUUCAAGCCACUCUCCUUUGAGAGUUCUAGUCAGUACACCAACAUCACUGUUUACGAGCUGACCAAAGGCAGGAGCAAAAUGGAAACCUUCACCUUGGUCUGGGGAGGGAGGUCCUCAAAACCCAUUCCGUACAACACGAGUGGUUUAGAGGUCCAGUCUGCUUUGGAGGACAUGAUGAUGGCUGACUGUUCCAUUGAGAUUCUCUCCGAGGAAGGAAGAGAUGUGAAGUAUUUCAAAGACUAUGAAGAUGACAACUCCAUGUUUGGCAACAACAGAGGGAUACCUGUAAGAGACGCUUUCUGUGGCUUGUGGUCCCUAAAGAAUGCAAAAGUUCUUUUCAAGAAUAGCUACACUAAAGAGUCUGGUGAACCCUAUGGGGGAAUUUCCCUGAACCAGUAUCCAACGCUCUGCUUUGCGCAUAAGGGAAUGCUGAAAGAUGACAUCGGGGUAAAGUUUACAUACACGGAUGCUAAUGGUAAUACUCGGACAGUGACUGAUAAUAUCGAAGCUCACAUUCCCAAAGGCCACAUAUGGAAUUACAAAUGCAUAAAUAUGAAGACAUCUUGGCCAACGAACUACGAAGGAAGUGCCUUCACCAUUGACGAAAUUUACUUAUAUGAAGAUGAGUCCGGUGAAGACUUCUAUGUGGAUGCUGUCUACAUUGGCAGGAACCCCACCACCCUUGAUGAACAAUCUGUUCUCCAAAGAAGGAGGGCACCAGCGUUUGAUGGUUCCAAUCGUUUUUUCGGAGAGAUCUCUGUCGUGAAAGAGACAAAGUCGAAUGGUUCAAUCAUUUGCUAUGAGAUCACAGCUUCACCACUAGACUGUGCAUUUGGCUUCCCCCUCAUAGACGUCGAAUUCCUGCCGAUGACAAACAGCAGUGAAGACAUGAGGGAGUUUCAGGAAGGCGAGGCAAAAUUAACUGUCAGUCGCACCCACAGAGCGACACCGCCUGUGACUGGCACCUUUGAUGUGGGCAUGCACGGUCAACUUAUUGAAGGUCUGUCUGUUAACACCAGCGGAAAAGACAUGAAGUAUGCCCUGGAGGGAAUCGCCGGUAUGGGGGUAGUGGAUGUCAGAUAUGCUGGAACAUGUAGAAGGCCCAAGUGGGUGGUAGAGUGGGUAACACAGCCAGGAGACCAACCUCUGCUGGAGCUCACUGAUUCUUCGCUUGUCGGCAAGGACGUGGUUAUCAAGGCCCAGGAAAAAAAGAAGGGUGGACAAAUGAUUUCAAAUUUAAUGGGAGACUUCUUUCGCGUCGCAGAGAGCAAACCUCAGGUGCAAGUUUGCAUCAAUGGCAUUCCGUCAAAGUGUUCUGGAGACUGCGGCUUUGAAUGGUUGGAGGAGAAGACUCCAACAGUGAGUGGAAUCAGCCCUUCUCAAGGAUCCAUUGGACUAGGGACCCUUUUGACAGUCACUGGCACUGGUUUCAGCACUGAAAGCGCCUCGAUCAUGGUGGGGGAUGCCCAGUGUGCGGUUGAAGAAAUUGCAGUUGACCGCGUUGUCUGUCGACUCGGAAGCGCUGCUGCGGGUACUUACCCAGUGUGGAUCAACUUGCCCUCCCUUGGUCAUCCUCGCUUUGAUGGCGGCAGUGUCCUCAACUUCACUUAUCAACUUAUCGUUUCCUCUUUCACCCCCAUGUCGGGGAGCGUUGCAGGGGGAACUCUUUUGACCAUAACGGGCUACGGGUUCAGCUGGGAUACGAGAGUCACUGUUGGCGGCGCAGUGUGCAAGGUGGUCCACGCGAUUCCUACUGAGAUCAAAUGCAGAACCCCAGCGGGGAGUGUAGGUUCGCAAACUGUCAUUGUGAGCGCAGGUGCCAUGAGCGAGACGGCAAGCAGCACCUUCACCUUUGACCUGGCCCUGACACCUCAGAUCUCCAGUCUGAGUCCCAAGAAGACCUUCGUCUUUGGACGUCGCGUCCUCACCGUGCUAGGGUCAAACCUGGGGGAGCCAACCAAUGAGAGUGCGGUGUACGUGGGCAAGGUGGAGUGCGUCACCGAGCAGUGGACAUCCAUAAACGUCACCUGCUUGCUGCCCGUGUUGCCCCCUGGCAUGCAUGAGGUGCAUGUCCAGGUUGGGAACAAUGGUUACCCCGAGACUAGCAAUGGCGUGAACUCUACUAUCGAGUACGUCUUGGAGGUCCACAGCAUAUCCCCUACAGUGGGCUCUCUGAUGGGAGGAACCGAGCUCACAAUUUCGGGAUCCGGUUUUAGUCGAAAUGUGUCUGACAACAAAGUUUAUUUGGGAGACUCUGAAUGCGAAGUGCAGGUGGCCUCAGAGCACGAGCUGCAAUGCAUUCUGCAGUCACAGGAGGAGACCCACAUUGUUACCAACCAAGGGGUCCACCCCGUUCAUGGUAAGGGUUACUCUUGGGAUCCCCCUUCUCUCAAUGUGAAAGUCGGAGAUAAAGUGCUAUGGAGGUGGAAGGUUCCAGCUUUCCUCAAUACUUUCCGUUUCGGUGUCCACCACAUUCCCAGCACUGGUGACACCUACGACGAUGAGGAUGUGCUGUUUUCCAGCAGAGAACCACAACCUGGAGAUGGCUUCUUCAGCUACUCUUUCACCAUUCCGGGUGUUUAUUACUAUACCAGCAAAUACAUCGAUGAGAACGAGAAGUUGGAGUUGCGGGGGGCUGUGAGAGUGGAACCCCGGGUUAAGAGCAGCAGUAAUGUUGUUGUCAGAGUCGGGGGCAUGGAUGCCCUUCAUGUAGCAGGCGGGUCUCAUCGUGUCUCGAGAUCAACCCACGACUGCGUUGUCACACCGGACUGCUCUCAGAACGAAUCAUCCAGUCUUUCCUUCAGUACCUCUGAAUGCGGCACCCCUAUUGUCCACUCCAUCAUGCCCAACUAUGGUUCAUACCACCAAGUCAUCCAGAUCCAAGGGGAACGUUUCGGCAACAUUACCUGUGCUCUGGAGGUGACGGUGGGUGGUGGGACCUGUCAGGUGAUCAACAGUACCCAGUCGGAGAUUUUCUGCCAGCUGAGUGCUAACAGCAGUCUUCCAAUCGCCAUUGCUUUACCCGUAAAUGUUAGAGUCAACAACUUGGGGGAAGCCAUCAUCGCUGUGGCAAAGGAGGAGGAUCGCCGAUUUGCUGUUCUGCCAGUCAUCGACUCAGUGUGGCCUUCUGUAGGUAGCUCUACGGGUCACACUCAGAUCUCCAUCCAUGGGUCUGGCUUCUCUGAGGGAUAUGUGACUGUAGCCAGCGUACCCUGUUUCAUGGUGUCAGUAAAUUACACCCAUGUCGUGUGCAAUAGCGCCGCCUCCCAGCCACAUAUUGGCGAUGUCGUGUUUCACUGGGGCGGGAUCCAGAGUUCCUGUUCCUCAGACUGCUCCUUCCUGUACUCGUCUUCCAUAACCCCAAAUGUCACAACCAUUUCCCCCGACAGCAUCAGUGAUGUUACUAAUGUCACCAUUUCAGGUGCAGGGUUUGGCACUGACAUUGAGAAUGUUGUGGUUUUUGCCGGAAGCAUUGAGUUAAAAGUCACCGCUGUUGUUGACAAUGCCAUUGCGGUAAUGAUUGAAGCUCUACCCGCGGGCGACCAUCCCAUUCAAGUGAUUGUGACUACUAAGGGAUUAGCAUCUGGAGAUAUCACCCUGACCAGCCAGGCUCAGGCCACCCGGAGCCCCGGUGAGGGCAGCCUUGAAGGGGGCACCAGGCUACUCUUCACCGGGAAUGGCUUCCUUCAGGGAAACACCAUAGUGACAGUCGACGGCGAAUUGUGCGAUAUUGAGGAGGUGACACCCGGUCAUCUGACGUGCCGAACACCCCCUCACAGUGAGGGACUGGUGUUGGUCAACAUCCAGGUCCUAGAUGUGGAGUAUCCUUCUCUCAACUUUACCUACUCUAGAAGCCAGACCCCUAUACUUGGCUCCAUCAGUCCUACCACUGGACCUAGUGGUUCAUCAGUCACGUUGACUGGGUCCGGCUUCGGCUCUGAUAUGGAGCAGGUGACUGUGACAGUAAACAACAUCACUUGUGAUAUACUCACGCUUACAAACAAUCAAGUGGAUUGCACUCUGGGAGACAACCCAGGGGGGGAGUACCUUGUCAUGUUGUACCACCACAUCAAAGGUUUCGCUCAAUCAAAUGUCACGUUCACCUACGAACUGACGGUCAACAGUGUGGAACCCAAUGAGGGUAGUUUUGGCGGUGGUGCCAAUCUGACUAUCCAUGGAUCUGGCUUUGACCCUCUCAACUCCAAGGUGUUGAUCUGCAACGAGGAAUGCGUUGUUGACAGAAUUGCGUCCACAUCCACGCACCUUUACUGCCAAUCUCCGCUCAACAAUGGCUCUGACUCGGAGGCAAGCUGCACGGUGUCUGUAAUUAACACGUUGGAGUCUGUUAACAUGUCGAGCGGCUUCACAUACAAGACUAUGCUUACGCCUGUGAUCACGGAGGUCUCGCCGCAGCGGGGAGGCACCGCCGGAGGAACCACGCUCACUAUCAGUGGCUCAGGCUUCAGCACCAAUUUGAGUGAGGUGACCGUGACCAUCGCGGGUUCUCUUUGUGAUGUGAAGUCAGCCAACGAUACGCAAAUUGUUUGCAUCACUGGUGCCCAGCGUCAGUCUCAGGAGACUGUAGUGCAAGUCAGCAUCAGAGACCAGGGCAUUGCCAAGACGGACAAUGCAUACUACUUCUACAUUGAUGUGUGGUCAUCCAUAUACACUUGGGGUGGGCUUCCUCCGCCGGAAAAAGGCUCGUUGGCUGUCAUCUCCAAAGGACAGACAAUCCUUUUGGACACUAGCACCCCAGUGCUCAAACUGCUACUAAUUCAAGGCGGCACACUAAUAUUCGACGAAGCCGACAUUGAGCUGCAAGCGGAUAACAUCCUAAUCACUGAUGGUGGACGACUGCAGGUGGGCACUGAAGAUGAACCCUUCCAGCACAAAGCCAUAAUCACACUGCACGGCCACCCACGCUCGACGGAACUACCUGUCUACGGCGCCAAGACGCUAGCUGUCAGAGAGGGCACACUGGACCUGCACGGUAUACCUGUUUUGCCAGUAUGGGCCGUGCUGGCCGAGACAGCGGAAGCAAACACUUCCAUGUUGACCCUGAAUCAGCCUGUAACAUGGAGAGUUGGAGAUGAGAUAGUCAUCGCCAGCACUGGUCACAGGCACAGUCAAAGAGAGAACGAAGUGAGGACUAUCGCAAGCAAGUCGGCUGACGGCAAGAAACUCACCCUCACUGAACCCCUCAAGUACUCUCAUCUUGGGGUGACCAUCAACCUACCGGAUGGCACGGUCUUCGAGGCCCGGGCCGAAGUGGGUCUUUUGACCAGGAAUGUGGUGGUGCGAGGUUCCCAGAACACAGAGUGGCAGGAUAAUAUCGAGGCCUGCCCAGCUGGUUUUAACACAGGGGAGUUCAGCACCCAAACAUGCUUCCAAGGAAAGUUUGGAGAGGAGGUGGGCACGGAUGAGUUUGGCGUUGGCAUCAUGUUCCAUGCCCCGAGACCGAGUGAAAAUCUUGCCAUUGGCAGGUUGACCUAUGUUGAGAUUUACCAUGCUGGACAGGCCUUCAGGCUGGGUCGUUAUCCCAUCCACUGGCAUCUAAUGGGAUACCUUCAAUUCAAGUCGUUUGUCUGCGGUUGUUCCAUCCAUAGAACAUUCAACAGAGCCGUGACCAUCCACAACACCCACCAACUCUUGGUGGAGCACAACAUCAUCUACAACAUCAUGGGCGGAGCCUUCUUCAUCGAAGACGGCAUAGAGACGGAGAAUAUCCUGCAAUACAACCUUGCUGUCUUUGUCAGGCAGAGUAGCAGCCUACUGAAUGAUGACGUCACCCCCGCCGCCUACUGGGUCACCAAUCCCAAUAAUAUUAUCCGACACAACCAUGCAGCAGGGGGAACCCACUUCGGGUUCUGGUACCGUAUGCACGAGCACCCUGACGGACCAUCCUACGACCCGAAUAUCUGCCAAAAAAGGGUUCCCCUCGGGGAGUUCAACAACAACACGGUACACUCCCAAGGCUGGUUCGGCAUCUGGAUCUUCCAGGACUAUUUUCCGAUGAAGGAUGGCGAAUGUCGCUCCAAUACACCCGAGCCCGCCGUCUUCCGGGGCCUCACUACCUGGAACUGCGAGAAAGGAGCCGAGUGGGUCAACGGUGGUGCUCUGCAGUUUGUGGAAUUUGUGAUGGUUAACAAUGAGAAAGCUGGGAUUGAUACAAAAAUCAUCCUUCCGUGGGCAGUGACCAGGUUUGGACAGGAAGGCGGGGCGGGGGUGUUCAACUCCACCAUUGUAGGGCAUGUGGACGAACUCAGACUUGGUGCUGACUACUGCACUGAGCGAGGAGUCAUCAUGCCGUUCUCAGAUGGUAUGAGUGUAACCGGCACGAAAUUUAUUAACUUUGACCGUGAGUCCUGCGCAGCUAUGGGGGUGACUAAGAUCGACGGGACGUGUACAGAUCGCUGCGGUGGAUGGUCUGCCCAUGUUGGCGGACUUCAUUUUGUGAACUCUCCACACAAGGUCUUCUUUAGGUGGGAGCAUGAGGUGGAGCUGGUGGACACAGAUGGCACACUUACAGGGAAUAUGAAUCAUAAAGUCGUGCCAAUGAGUGGCCUGCUUGACCCUGCACACUGCUCGGAGAGCGCAGACUUUAGCUUGGGGUACCCCGGAGCUGUGUGCGACGACACUGUCAAUUUCCAUCGUUUAGGGCUCAACAAUCCCACGCCAUCGUCUCUACAAUCCAAGGAUCUUAUAAUCAGCAACUCACAUGGCCACACUGUGAUCCCCUUCCUGAAGAAAAGAAUGACCCACAAGUUUGGCUGGAUGGGCAUACUUCCGUCAGGCCUCACACACACAAUGCACUUUGAUAAUGCUGAUCAAAUCACAAACAUCAGCUACAGUGCAAAAUUCUACAACUUCAAGCCGGAUGAAUUCCUGAUCAUCCACCACAACUUUACCCAAAGUCCAAACAUGGUUCGAAUCCUGGACGUGAGAAACGGCUCCUUGCUGCCUCUCAAUUUCACUGCCAACCACAAUGGUGACUGGCACCUGGACAACAAAGACCUCUUUUAUAUGGUGUCUGGAAAGACAAGCCAACGCAAGCGUCGCAGCAGCGUUGAUCCCUCCACGAUUGAUGUAGCAGUGAACUUCAAGGUGUACCGCUGCUUCUUUGACAACUGCAUCCCACCACCACCCGCUACCAUCGCGCCGCUGCCUACCCACCGCCCUGAUAACUUCAUUCUGUGGUCCAACACAUCGUUCUGGGAGGCUUCAGCUGAAAACAACUUUAGUGUGCCAUCAGAGGGUGAUGAUGUAUUCAUCCCACCAGGAAUGUGGAUUGUGUUAGAUGGCAACACCCCUGCCCUCAACAAACUAAUAAUCAUGGGAGUCCUGGAGGUUCCACAGCCGUCCAACAGAUCGUCCAGCCGCCCGGCUCGGGCUGCACCUCAGAACCACACCGUUGUCAUCAAUGCUGUCUACAUCUUUAUUCAGGGAGGCAGGCUGUUGGCGGGCUGGGAGGACGAACCGUACACUGGGGAGCUGCACGUCAUACUUAGAGGGCAUCACAACACUCCUGACUGGCCUCUGACAAAUGGGCUCAACCUGGGAUCCAAGGUUCUGGGUGUGUUAGGCACCCUGGAGUUGUACGGUCAACCGCACAGCGUGUAUCACACCAAGCUUGCUGCCACGGCUGACUCCGGCUCCAGCACUCUCACCCUGGUGGAGCCAGUUGACUGGAAGGCAGGAGACGAAGUGCUCGUGUCCACCACCAGCUACAGCUUCGCAGAGACAGAGAAGUGUGUGAUUGCCUCGGUGUCCCCCGAUAGCCGCACUCUCACUUUGAGCCAACCUCUGAGGCACACUCACGUCGGUGAAAGUCACUCCAUCGAGGGAACAUCACUGUCCUACACACUGGCAGCGGAUGUCGGCCUGCUGAACAGAAACAUCAAGAUCAUUGGCGAGGAAUAUCCUAGCAUGACGGAUGAAUCAUUUGGUGCUCGACUGCUGGUCGGCGCCUUUUCCUCUGGGGGAAUCGACUACAGAGGCAGCGCUCAGCUACGGAAUGUAGAGUUCUAUCGCUCUGGCCAGGAAGGAUGGCCCGAUGAGACCGAUCCACGGUAUUCGGCGGCGUUUCUCAACCUAGGACAGGCCAAUGAUUCGCAUAUUCAAGGCUGCUCCUUCCACGACGGAUUCUCCCCCGCCAUUGGAGUGUUCAGAACAAACGACCUCAAUAUUGAGGACAAUGUCAUCCACCACACGGUGGGAGAAGGGAUCCGAGUUAUGGGCAAGAGGAUCAGGUUAAUGAGGAAUCUGGUCACCAUGACGUUGUGGCCUGGAUCGUACCAGGGCAGAGAGGAGGAAUUCAACUUCGACUGGCCUGCUUCUUUCAAGGUCAGCGAGGGGGAGGACAUAGUGAUGCAGCACAACAUCGCGGCGGGCUACCAGAGAGUCGCUUUCGAUAUUGACGGCGAGCCAUGUCUGGAUUCCUCGAGCGUAAAUGAAGCGUGGGCUCACAAUGAGGCUCAUGGCGGCCUCCAUGGUGUCUUCGUGAAUAAAAAUGGGCUGCCUGGGUGCUUAAAGAUCUGUGACUUCUUUGUUUGGAGGAACAUUGACUAUGGAAUCUACUUCCAGACUGAGAGCAGCGUCAUGGUGAAAAAUGUGACCUUAGUGGACAACGGCAUGGGUAUCAUGCCUAUGAUCUAUCGCCCUCCAUCCCUGUCCCACCGGUAUGCCAAUAAGAAGGUUGUGGUGGAGAAUGCCGUACUGGUGGCUGGCAGCCCCAACUUUAACUGCUCCGAAUCACUCAACGCCAGUGAUUACAACAUAAUUAACACCGGUGACCAUCGAGCACCUCGGCCCAAAAGUGGUGGCAGAUCGGGAAUCUGCUGGCCGUCCUUCGGGUCCGAUCACAACAACGGUCCAUUUAAGCCGUUGCACGGCAACAUCAACUACAACGCCAUCAAGGGUCUAAUGGAAGUUGCCAAUUCGACAUUUGUGGGAUUCAGGAGCACGUGCUCGGGCCAGAACAACGUGAUGUUCAUGACCAACCCUUCCAACGAGGACUUGCAGCAUCCCGUGCACGUUUGGGGCCUGACAACAAUCAACAGCACCAAGGACGCUUAUGUGUUCAUACAUAGGCCUGAUCUUGGCAAAGUGAACCCGGCCGACUGUGUGGACAUGGAUUGCGACGCCAAGAAGAAGACUUUGCUGCGCGAUGAGGACGGUUCCUUGCUGGGGGCGGUGGGCAGCGUGGUGCCGCAGUCCGAGUUCGAGUGGGACGGCGACCCCAGGAGAGGACUGGGUGACUACCGCAUCCCCAAAGUCUUGCUAACCUACCCCAAUGGCUCCCGCAUCCCUGUGGAGCAGAUCGCCCCGAAUAAAGGCAUCAUCCGAAAAAACUGCGAGUACAAGAGCGCUUGGCAGGCGUAUGAAUGUACCGAACUCAACUACAGAAUGCUAGUCAUCGAAAGUCUGGACGCUGACACCGAGACCCGACGUCUGAGCCCAGUGGCGGUGCUGAGCGAAACCUACAUCGACCUACUUAACGGUCCUCAGGACCAUGGCUGGUGUUCGGGCUACACAUGCCAGAAGAGGGUGUCAUUGUUCCACAGCCUGGUGGGCACUGGCCUACCCGUUGAUAUCUUCUUCAGCGGCACUAGUCCACAGAAGUUGCGGUUGAUGAUGCUCAAUGCCAAGGAGGAUGAGAGCUUGCUGGUGUCGGUCUUCUAUUCCAAACGGCAGCGCUAUGACGUCUAUGUCGGCAGCCAGCUGGUACCGCCCACCAACGCAGAGUGGAAUGUCGACAACACCGACUACAGCCUCAAGGAGCCCAUAUAUGAUGGUCAAUACGUCCCGGAGAUGAACUCAUCUUUAGGCUCAAACUUCUUUGAUAAAGACUCCAAAAUGGUGAAAGUCCUGCUGAGAGGAUCAGAGGCAGUGGAGAUUCACAUGACGCCCCUGAUCAUAGUCUCCUUCAACCUGCCCGCCAUGACCGAGGAGGAGUUCUUUGGUGAAAACCUGGUGCGAAACCUGGCAUCCUUCUUCAAUGUUCCCUCCAACAUGAUCCGCGUCACCAAAAUCAUCCGGGAAGGGUCCCGACGGAGGAAGAGGUCCACGGGCCUGACGGUGGAGGUGGAGAUCAAGAAGCCGCCAGUCCAGCAGGUCACCAACAGCACUAAUGAUGAGGAUGAUUUCCAGUUAUUGAAGAAAAUCGCCGACAAUUUGGGUCAGGCGGCUGUCUCGGGCAACCUCAGUCAGUCCAUCGGCUUCAACGUCUCCUCGGUGGGAGUGGUGCCACCGCCGCCCUCGUCCUCAGACCCACGCUGGAACGAAGUGGCUGCGGAGGAGGUGACGAGAGAUGAACCGGAGGUGAGCUACGUGGCUAGCGUGGAGCGGCUGGUGGUUGUGACGGAGCCUGUUGCGGGGAUGUACGUGGGGCCGUUGACACAGCAGCCCAGCCUCAUGGCUGUCGACCAGCAGGGCGACUGCGUGUCAGUGGGCGUUACCACGAUGACAGUGACAGCUAGCCUACAGGAUUCUUCCGGCAACGCCGUGGACGGUCUGGAAGGCAACACCACCAUCUUGUUCCGCUCCUGCUGGGCUAACUUUACCGACCUAUCUGUGGUCGACAGCGGCGAAAACCUCACUAUGGUCUUCACCCUGAAUGACUGGCACACUCAGUCGCAGGAAUUCAGCGUCCGCGAGAUGCCAGAGCCCACGCCUGACGAAAGUAUCUUUGGCGGGGGCCAAGGGGUGGCACCUGGAAGUUUGUGCCUGGUGAGCGUCAUCUACUCGUUCGCCUGCUGCUCAGAUGACCCACCCUUUUGUUAG